AUGGGCUGGGGGCCAGGGGUGGUCAGGACCCAGGUUACAGUAUUCCCACCUUGGGGCCAGAGACCAGGGUGUGAGGGACAGAGGAGGGAAUGGGCUGGGCUCUCACUUGCCUUUCCUCUGGAAGGGCCCGGAGAAGAGGAUGAUGAUGAUGAUUAUGAGAACACAGCACCACUGUACAAGGACCUUCCUCCCAAGCCAGGUUGGAUGGCUCCACCAAGGCCUCCAAGGGCAGGAAAGAAAACAGAGAGCCCCCCACUUCCCUGCAAGCUCCCGAAGAACACAGGCCUGAACCUCACCCCUGUCACCUGCACAACUCCUCAACUGGGCACUGAUCUUGUACAUCCUCCAUCCCAGCUGCCUAUAACCAAAACUCCAGUGCCCUGGAUCAGUCAGAAGUCCGGAGGUCCUAGGUGUUACCAGGAGGAGAGACUGAUGGUGUAUGUGUGUCUGCUGGUGGUGGUGUCACUGCUCAUGGGCUGCACUGGUCUGGCUGUUACCCUGAUUAAAUACCAGGAGGUGGUGGAAGAGCUGAGGAUGUUAACCUUUCAGCAGAUGGCAUGGCGAGCAAAUGUGACUGGCAUGGCGGGGCUAGCCGGCCUGAAGAAGGACAUUGACCGAGUAAGAGCUGACACCAACCAGUCCCUGCUGGAACUUCGGGGCUUAUUAGACUGUACCAGGGUCACCUGCCCUGAGGGCUGGCUCCCUUUUCAGGGUAAGUGUUACUACUUCUCUCCAAGCACCAAGUCAUGGGAUGAAGCCCGGAAGUUCUGCCAGGAGAAUUACUCUCACUUGGUCAUCAUCAGUAACUUUGCUGAGCAGAACUUUGUGGCCAAGGCUCAUGGCUCUCCUCGGGUAUACUGGUUGGGGCUGAAUGACAGAAACCGUGAAGGGGACUGGAGGUGGCUGGAUGGGUCACCCAUCACUUUGAGCUUUUGGGACCCACAGGAACCCAACAACCUCCAUGAUGAGGACUGUGCCAGCAUGAACAAAGGUGGCACCUGGAAUGACCUCUCUUGCGACAAAACUACGUAUUGGAUUUGUGAGCGGAAAUGUUCCUGUUGAACCCAAGAGCUGAAGUUGGGUGGGGUUCCGUACCCGGUACCCCUUGGCUUUUGGACAUGAGAACCUCCUGCCCUCUGAGAACUGAAGUGGACAUGCCCAAGAUGGAACCAGCAGCCUGGAUGUAGCGAGUUCCCUGGGGUGCAAGUCAGAUCAUUUCUAGGGCGAGGACUUGGGGGCUUGUUCAGUUGGAUGGUGUCU